AUGGGCUUAGAUAUACUUGAAAAGCUUUCAAUUUUAGAAAAAGAGCAUUCCAGAAUUGCUUACAUUUAUGUUUUAAUUGGUCAUUUUAUGAUGGUUUUUUAGUGGGCAAUCUUUAAGCUUUUAAACAAUUAUCAUUUUGAUCCAAAUUAAAUACUCUAUGUUAGAGGAGUUAUGGUAUUUCUUUUUAAUCUGUAUUGGAUUAAGAAGUAUUAACAUAAAAUGUAUCCAGAAAAUGAAGGUGCUUAAAAGACUUUGUUUGCUAGAUUCUUUAUUUAAAUGGUUUCUCCUCUUUUCUAAUUCUACGGAAUAACUUAGCUUUAGAUCUCAGAUGCUACUGUUUUAACUCUUACUAAUCCAAUAUGGACUUAACUUUUUUGUUGGCUUAUUUAUGGAGAAAAGCUAUAAUCAAAAAACUUUUUGUAUACUUUUUUGAGUUUUACAGGAAUUAUUUUCAUUUGUAGACCAAGCUUUAUAUUCGGAAAUGAUGAAUAAGUAAAUAAUGAUUUAUCUGAUAAAAAUCACUUUUUUGGGUGUAUUUGUAUGCUUUUUGGAUCUAUGACUCUCGCUUUGUCUCAAAGCUUAUUUAAAGGAUUGUAAGGAAAGACAUCUAAUUUAAUAGCAAUGCAAUAUUUCUAUUUUUCUAAUCUUAUCAGUACUCCUGUUCUUAUGAUUUACAGAGAAAUUAAUGAUAUCAGAGUUUAUUAAAGCUUAGAAUACUUUGCACUAAUACUAUUGAUCACUUGCAUAGCAUAUUUAGCAUAAUUGUUAAUGACAAGAGGGAUGUUUAUAGAAAGCCCUGCUAAACUUUCUUAGUUGGCUUACACUAGAAUUUUAUAUUCUUUUACAAUAGAUAUUUUCUUUUUCAAGUCAACAAUUAGUUAUUUAAGUGUAAUCGGGUUUUUGCUUAUUUUAUACUCUUCUAUUAAUAUUGUAAAAAAAAAAUGA